AUGAAUUCUAACAAAACCUCUUAUUCUGAAGAUAACGAUCUGCCAAAUAUUUGUAUGGUGUCUGAUUUCUUUUAUCCCGGUCUUGGUGGGGUUGAAAUGCAUAUUUAUGAAUUAUCUCAAUGUUUGAUGAUGCGUGGAUAUAAAGUUAUAGUUGUUACUCACAGUAGGAACGAUCGUUAUGGCGUUAGAUAUAUGGGUAUUGGUCUAAAAGUUUAUUAUUUACCUCACAAGAGUAUCUACGACAAUGUUGUUUAUCCAUCUUUAUUUACUCUAUUCCCAUUAUUCAGGCAGAUUCUUAUCAGAGAAAAAAUAGAUAUUGUUCAUGGACAUCAGUCUGUUUCAAUGUUAGCACUGGAAUGUCUAUUUCAUGCAACUACAAUGGGCUACAGGGUGGUAUUUACCGAUCAUUCGUUAUUUGGUCUUUCAAAUUAUGAUUCGAUUCAUGUAAAUAAUUUUUUCAGAGUAAAUUUGUCAUGUAUUGACAAUGUGAUUUGCGUUUCUCAUACGAAUAAGAAAAACUUGAUAUAUAGAUCAUUAAUUUCUCCAAAAAAUGUUACCGUAAUACCAAAUGCAAUAGAUAGCAAUGAUUUUUUGCCUAGUCCAAAUUAUAAAUCACCAAUUAAUAAUGAAGUUAUUGUUAUUUCAAUUUGUAGAAUGACUUAUAGAAAGGGUGUUGAUUUACUUGUUGAAAUAAUUCCGAGAAUAUGCAACAACGAUCCGAAUGUAAAGUUUAUUGUGGGAGGAGAUGGCCCAAAAAAGCAUUUACUACAUGAAAUGUGUAUAAAGUACAAUCUUUCAAAUAGAGUUGAACUUCUUGGCUCUGUUCCUUAUACCCAAGUUUGCCGAGUUUUACAAAGAGGGCAUAUUUUUUUGAAUACUUCUCUAACGGAAGCUUUUGGAAUAAGUAUUAUUGAAGCAGCGUCGUGUGGACUAUUAGUUGUUUCCUCAAAUGUAGGAGGUAUUCCUGAGAUUCUUCCACAAGAAUUCCUCAGGUUGUCAAACCCUUCCAUUUCAAAUAUGGUAAACGAACUUAAGAUUGCAGUAAAUAUUAUUAGAGAAGGAAAGUUUGAUCCUUAUUCCUCACACAAGAAAAUCUCAGCAAUGUAUUCUUGGCACGACAUUGCAAAAAGAACAGUUUCUGUUUAUCAAAAUUCUAACCGAGUCGAUAUUAUUGGAAUAAAAGAAAGAAUAUUACGUAUAUAUAAUACAGGAAAUAUAAUAGGAAAGGUAUUUGCUCUAGUCGCAGCAUUCGACUAUUUUAUUUGGUUCUUUCUAGAAUUUUUUUACCCAAAGGAAUCAAUUGAACAUUGUAUUGAUUUUCCUGGAAUUUCUUAA